GAGCUUCUCGAUCUCUGCUACGAUGUCCUGAUACGCAUCAUAGAGGAGCUUAAUCCCGAAGACUUAGCUGCAUGUUCGAAGUGCUCUCACGGUUUCAAUGCCUUCAUCAAAGAGAAUCGGAGGAUAUUUCGAACUUUAUAUCUCAAGAACUUUGAUGAUCCGCGCCGAAUUCCAGGCUUGCCUGAGCCGCAAUGGGAGACGGAACUACCGAAGAUAAUCAUGUGCAAGAAAAUCCUCAUGUCUGAUGAUGUGGAAACCAAAACAUCCCAUUUCGGACUCGUCACGAGCGUGAUGAGUGAUCUUCUCCACACAGCCUCAAAAGACCCAGAUGAUUCGGAAGGAAGCUCUUUGAAUCUUUCCUUUCUAGCUGUCUCGUUCAAGAAUCCGGACAACAAAGCGACAUUCCUAGCAGGAUCGUCUAUGUUCGAACGCGCAGGUCUAUUCCGAAUCUCGGUCGAUACCCUUGAGCCGCAUGAACUACGCCAACUCACCGCCCGGCUACACUGCUACCACGGUACGAGCUCACCUGAGCAGAUCUUACAUGGCCAUACAUUGCAAGCACUCGCCCGAUCCCGGGUGUAUGACUUGCGGAACUACACUAGUAAGACGUUCUGGGGGCCGUAUCUCAACGACGGGACUCUUGACGUUGACUGGGAGAUGGUCGAAGCUAUUCAAAUCAUCUUAUCGCGGAACUUCAGAGCUUAUGUUGCCACGCCGGGGAAGAUAGAACCGAGUUGGGCGCGACCAUUCGCCGGAGUGGCACGAAGUACGCUUCAAUCAUCGUAUGUUCCUUUACCAUACGAGCCUGAGAUACCGCUGGAAGCUCAAGAUCCAUAUGCCAUAUCCGGGAACUGGAUUCGAAUCGUUUGUUUUCUAGACUAUAACGAUCUUUUCGCAUUCAACUUCGGCGGUUCGCAAGAGCCCCCAGAAGACCAACCCCGAAGUCCACUUCACGCCGGAGAAGCUACACGACUUAUCCGUAUGAUAAUCAAAGUUUCGAGUAUCGAACCACCUACCGUAAAGGGCAAACUACCAAACGUGAACUUCGAGGGCAAGUCCCAAGCUAUAGAUGCUUCGUGGGAUGCUAAUGCCAAUUCUCGCAUCAGAGGUACUGUAAGCAUGACGCCAUCAGGCGAAGUUCGAUGGACAACGAUAUCAAUCUUCUCGACGGGCGAAGAGCGGUGGCGGAGUGAGAGCAUUCAGGUAGGUGGCGUGCGCUCAGAAAGAGGAGUCAUAGGCACCUGGUUCGACAAGGACUUCGAUCCCCACGGACCCGCAGGUCCUACGGCGUUUUGGAAAUAUAGCGAUGAAACU